AUGCAGCCUUACGACAAUGAUCAAUCACUAUCAUCGGGACUGUCUCGGGACCUUGAGACUGGGACUAUCGAAAGCCAGGCCGUCAGCACUGCGCCGACCAGUACUGCGCCUCCUCAACUACCCAUAGCGACCUCUAUGCUGCCAUCAAGUGCCGACCCUCAACCGCUAGCCAAUUCGAGUACUCUUCCUGCCUUGGUCACUGGCGAAGGUCGACGGAGCAGGGCUCUCCCAAGCAGCGCGACAUGGACUUCUUCUGUCGGGGAUUUAGCCCUGUUGUCAGACACGGAUGAGAUCCAGGACCGUCGGAUAUUUGUGCAGGAUUACAAUCGCAUGGAAUUCGAGUACUUGCGGUGGAUGGCUUCGGGGGAGGAAAACGAAGGUGGUGGUCUCGAGUACUCCGUUCAACAUCAUCAGGGCAUCCGCCUACCUCGCGAGGACCGCCCCACGGAGUCCGUCACAAGCGAAGCGUCAGCGACAUUGCCCUACACCUGGUUCAUUCUCGCAAACCAGAACCCAAAAUACUCGAUCUACAGGCUAUGGGCCACUGCUCAAUACCUUGCCCAGUAUGGACCUGUUACACGCGGUGUCUUCCGCAUUCCCGGUUCAUUGCGCGUUGUCAAUGCCAUCUUCGACUACUACUGUUACGAAAAACCUGGAGAGGAAGUCACAAGUACCAUACGCUGCCCAACUCUACCAUCGCAUAUCAAUGCUGGCGCUCAAGACGUAGCCUCGGCUUUCAAGAAAUUGCUGUCUGUACUCCCGGGUGGCAUCCUUGGCUCUCUCUCAAUUUUUGAUGCAUUGGUCGCGAUUCACAGUCAGCUUCGCGGAGAGCCAGAACUCAGCAGAACAAAAGAGACAAAGCUUCGGGCUAGACUCAUUGCCAUGGCUAUUAGAACCAUCAAGUCUCACUUCCGUCGAGAGCUUGUCUGCGCUGUUUUUGGCCUUCUGUCCCUCAUUGGACGCGCUGCUGAGACAGCAGCUCGUGAGGAUGAGCAGGGCCGGCCACUUCCAACGUCAGAUUUGAUGGGAUACGCAGCUUUGGGGAUCGUCUUCGGUCCUCUCCUCGUCGGUGAUUUGCUUGACUCCUAUACAAUGAAGCUGGCAAACCCUUCUUCGGGGUUACUACUCUUCCCCCUUACUCCGCCGCGAUUGAAAAGGGAACGACAGCGCAAGAAUAACAUACAGGACAAUACAGGCCCCAUGUCUGUCGACAAAAUCCGUGUGGCAAACGACAUCACCGAGAUGCUCAUCUCAAAUUGGAGAGAAGUAGUGCGCAACAUGAAAGACUUGCUGGAGGAGCAAGCAUUCUUCGCCACGGUCUUCGAUCAAUCGGCAGAGGUCAAAGUCACCCACUACUCCUACACCGGCGCCAAAGGCCUUGGGUCUGGCAUUGUCGAAAACCACCGGGAAUCUAGACGACUCACUUCACGUUGGAAGACUACGGCCGAAGUCUUCCCAUUCACAAUCAGCGAACAGGAUACCUCUGCGACAGUCCCUCAAUCCACUGUCUCCAACGGCGGAAGAAAGUCUGGCAGAUGA